GCUCCUCUCCAAAGAUUUUUGAAAAUGGAGUCUCUCACAACCACUUAUCCUCUGAAAUACUCAGUGCCCAAAGCCAGGGUCUUUGUCGUCUUUCUGUCAAUGGUUUUGUGUACCGCCAUUCUCUGCCUGCUGCAACUCAGAUUUUUUAAACCUAAAAUCAAAGAUUUUUAUUCUUUCGAAGUCAAGGAUUCACGAGGAAGGAUCAUUUCCUUGGAGAAGUACAGAGGGAAAGCAACUUUGGUUGUAAACGUGGCCAGUUACUGCCAACACACAGACAAAAAUUACAUCGCGCUGCAAGAACUACACAGAGAGUUUGGUCCCUCCCACUUCACUGUGCUGGCUUUUCCCUGCAACCAGUUCGGAGAAUCAGAGCCUAGUUCUAGCCAGGAAAUAGAAUCUUUUGCCAAAGGAAACUAUGGAGUAACGUUCCCCGUCUUCCACAAAAUCAAGAUCCUAGGAUCAGAAGCAGAGCCCGCCUUUAAAUUUCUAAUAGAUUCUUCAAAGAAAGAGCCUCGAUGGAAUUUUUGGAAGUACCUUGUCAGCCCUGAGGGUAAAGUUGUGAAAUUUUGGAGACCUGAAGAGCCCAUAGAAAGUAUCAAGCCAGAAGUAGCAUCAUUAAUCAGGCAGAUUAUCAUGAAAAAAAGAGAAGACCUCUGAAAAAGCCAUUCACACUGUGAAUCCAUUCAACAACGUGGGUGCACAGCCUUACUACGUUCCUGGGAAAUGCUGCUAGAAUCUUAACCAUCAAGUGAUUUUACUUCUCUUUGGUGUUAGCAUUUUCAGCUACAGUAUGUCUAUUAAUAUUGGACUGGCUCCUGCAGCAGUCUUGAGAACCACUGAAGUUACCAAGAAUAGCAAGACACUCAGUACUUUGCAGGGAUGGACCUUCAAUUUGCAUAAAGUUUCUGGAUGUUUCUUUAAAUUGCUGACAAUAGCUAAUUACAAUUGUCACCAGAAGGGAGAUAAGUAAAAAGAGCAUUUGUUGUUAAAUUACUCAGUAUUUGCACAGAAGAAUUUUGUUUCCCAUCUAUCAGUAACAUACAGAUUUUGAUAUUCCAUUAACACAUAAUUGCCCUGACUGAAAGACCUGAGGCCCAGAGGCACCAUGGCAGGGUUUUUAGAAACAAAUGCAACUGGAGAUACUAGCUUUGCAAUAUCUUCUCAAGGAAGAUUACUGACUUGUGAAGCUGUCAACUUAGUUGUAAAAAAAAUGUACAUAGAAAAUAAAAUUAUUAAAAGAAAAGAUUGCAA